CGGAAGUUGAAUCCCGUUCAGCAACGCGCGGAGGUUGUCGGGCUUGCAAGUACUGUUGACAUCGACGAUGGCACAGACUUUGAGCUCAGCACUGCUCUCAUUCAUGCUUCACCGCUUCAGUCGAGCGCGUCUUCUGCGUUGCCUACGCCUGUUCAUCAAGCUCUCCCUCUACUCGCCAAAACGAAUGAAUCCGUUCGAGGAGCUUCAAGUGCUCCUCUGACAGCCUGUGCGUCUCCGUUGCAGUCCACGCCUUCAUCAGCCUUAACGCCAACGACGGCAACCUCAACAAUGACCUACUCCCAUCAUCAAUGCUGCAACGUGUCUCAGUACUCUGCGGCUGUGGUACAAUGUGUCGCUCCAGCUAGUGUGCUGUCCCAGAUAGCGAAACCUGUAGCUACAGGUAAGUUGGCUUGGGAGUGCAGAGGUGAUUGCGGUGCGUGUGGCAUCUUCAAACGCAUGGAGGGUAUCAAAGGGUUGGUGACCAACUCAGUCAAUUGUAUCACUUUAGCAUACGUUCGAUGGGUGUGGAAAGGCGAGCUUCCUCACAGGACGCCCGAUGAUUGCACCGAGUAG